UAAAAUCAUGACGCUAGGCUAUUUCUCGACAAAUAGAUCGAAGUACAGUCGACGGGAAUUCACAGAUUUUUCAGUUGGGGACAAUAUGUAUUACAGUUUUCUUACAAGAAUUGCUCUCGGUAGUUAUAUUAAUAAUGUAUAGAUCCAGGAUGUUUAGUAAACUGUUACAAAAUGGUGCGUGGGAGGUUGGUGAAUGGUUUAAGCGCGGGAGUUUGAUACUAAUGGCAAUGUCGGGGUUACAUUCUCGAAGAGGGGCGCUUAUAGUGCUUGAAGGUUGUGACAGGGUAGGGAAAACAACCCAAUGCAAGAAACUUGUUGAUGCCCUACACCAAAGGAAUAUUGAAACCAGAUUAAUUUGCUUUCCAGAUCGUAACACUGCAAUUGGAGGUUUAAUAAAUGAUUAUCUUAAGAAAAAUAUUGAUUUGACAGACAAAGCUAUUCAUCUCCUCUUUUCUGCAAAUAGGUGGGAAAAAGAACCUGAGAUAAAGGACUGUGUUAAUAAUGGUGUUACAUUGAUUGUGGACAGAUAUGUGUACUCAGGAGUUGCGUUUUCGGCAACUAAGGAGGGCAUGGAUAGGGAAUGGUGUAAGAUGGCUGAAACAGGGCUCCCAAAGCCAGAUGCUGUAUUUUUCUUGACUGUAAGUCCCGAAGCUCUUUCAGAGAGAGGUGGAUUUGGAAAUGAAAUAUAUGAAACGACUGAAAUUCAGAAGAAAGUGGGAAACAACUACUUGAAGAUGGCAGAUGACUCAUGGCAGGUCAUCAGCGCAGACCAAGAUGUUGAUGUAGUUCAUCAGGAUAUUCUAUCACGUGCGUUGUCUGUUAUAGAAAUUGCAAAGUCCAAAUCUUUAAGUUCCCUGUGGUAGAAUAUAAUUGAAGGGACUAGUGGUGGAGAGGCCUAUCAUACAUUUACAAACAUUGGAGAGAAAAAUGCAAAGUUUUUUUAGAAAUGGAAACAUUCUAAGCUCUGUACAAACUUCCCAUUUUGUGGUUACAUUCUCAGCAUUGAAUAAAGUUUGUGUGCAAAUAUUCAUAUGCAUUCUGCUGGAGAAAGUAUUGAAAUUGAGGAUGAAACUAUGUUUAAGGGGGUUUCAAUAUACCAGCAGCAAUACCUAAUGUCUAAAAAUUUACAUUUGCAAAAUGCAGUCUUACUUCAUAUCCACCAAUCGGGUGCCUAACACAGUACUGUACACUCAUUGUACGACUAGAUGUGUCUUCAUCUAGCCUCUCCUUUCAAUAAAUUUGCAUGGAAAUUUCUUUAUUAGUCCAAAUAUUUAAGCUCCCUGGCUGUUUUGCUUACAGUGGCUAUGGUUCUGACUCCUCAUCUGUUAUUGAUUUACUUCCACACGACUCGGAUGAGCUGCACUCUUCGUUUUCAUUCCAAAUCUGUUUCUGCACAACCUUAUGUUUUCUAUUCAUGUACUCACGGCCUCGGGCCCUUUAAACCUUUCUUUUAUUGUCUUUACACUCCACAAUAAUUAUCGCUCUUUCCGUUGACGUGUUUUCCGAAACAGAUCUGUUUUUAUCACAGCACAAAUAUUUUCAGUAAUAAUAACAAAGUCGUAUUCUGUGCUAGCCAUGAUUAUUCACUUGCACUUGUUAGUAAAAGAAAUUAUGUUUGGAGAUCUGCAGAAAAAUCACAUCCUUGCAGCAGAUGUGGGAUAGACCCUACUUCUACCAAGAAAUGAUAUAGUGAAGGAACCUGAAACUAAGUUGGGCAUAUCUCACACUGCAGAACUUCUGAACUCAGAUUCUAGAUGGUGCAAGCUUACAUAUUAUGCAAAAAACAUAAUUUUUGAUGGAAGUGUGGUAUGUGUCCUUCCACCAAUCCCUUCGAUUAUACUGGGCUAUAAUAGUAGCUGGUACAAUUACAGGAAUCUGUGAC